AUGGCCGAAAUCCAGGCAAAACUUCAAGCCCUCUCAGAGGAAUUUACCAAGCUCCAGCAAGAUCUUCAAGACACCGUUCAAUCCAGGCAGAAGCUAGAGGCUCAAAAACAAGAAAAUGUUGGGGUGCAGAAGGAGUUCUCAAACCUGAAAGAGGGGGAGACCAUCUACAAGCUUGUCGGACCGGUUUUGCUCAAGCAAGAAAAGGCAGAGGCAGAAAGUACCGUCAAUGGACGAUUGGAAUUUAUCGACAAAGAGAUCUCAAGGUUAGAGCAGCACAUCAAGGAAUUGCAGGGGAAGAUGGAAAAGAAGAAAGGCGAGAUCAUCCAAGUACAAACAAGUGCUCAAGCAGCAGCCCCCCAAGCAGCCGCGGCAUGA